AUGGCGGCCAACAACCUACGAAGCGUUUACCAGCAAUACAAGCACGAUACGGAUGUCGUGGCAUCAUGGCUCGCGUCUACAGCCAAGUCAUUUGGCUACAACAAGCCCCUCGAACCGCCUGCUCCUACGGAACAGAAGACGCAAAGGCUCAAAGGCAAAGCCAGAAAAGCCGGCAAUACUACGCAGAGUGGAUCAGACAAGCAGACGUCCAGGCCGAAAUACACCCUUGCUAUCAAGGACUUCGUACCUUUGUCUGCUCACAUUGCUAAGGUCAAAGGCACUGUAGAAGUGCCGGACUACUUCAACGUUGCACUUGAUCGGGUGAUAUCGGUUCGAAGUGCUUUCUCGCACAAGCUGGCAGCUGCCGGCGAAGCUGUCGACAAAUCGUCAGAUGACCGUCACAGCUUUUUUGUCACUGUCCUAGAAAGUGUUCGCGAUGCACUCAAGCCUUUGAUGAGAAACGAUGCUCUCGAUCUCAACAGCAUCAAGAAUGCUAAGCCUCGGAGUGAUAAAGACCGAGUCAGACAGACUGGACUUCGCAACAUCUUCGAGGUUUUGGAUAUAUAUGAGCCAUCGGCGGAGUUCUUGGCUGCACCAGACGUGGUACCUCCACCUAAACCUAUGAAACUGGAUUACACUGCUGAGGUGUUGACCGACUCCGUCAUUGAUGCCUUUAUGGCAAUGACCAUGUUGAUGGACGACCUCUCCCGCCUUCGUGCUGAGAUUGCAGACCUAUGGGGUCGGCACCAUGCGGGAGAACUCGAUUUGGCAACUGUGUCGGUAGCGACCAACACAGCAAUUCAGCUUGCGCACAGCAUGCACGACGAAGUUUAUCCAGUGAUGAAGCAUCUCGUCGAAAGCGUGCCGUUCCAUGAGGUGUACUUUCUGGCUAUCGCUAAAGAAGCUGGUGUUGACCCACAAGCGAAAGGUUGGUUCGGCUGGUGGAACGACUACAACUUCGAAGCCUACGACAUCGCAGACGCCCUGUUCAACAACGCCCGUAAUGGCCUCCUGGUCUACCUUUACAACGAUCUCUCCGCGUCCGGGUCAGUCAUGGACUACAAUGGCAAAUGGGGUCGAUUCGAUGAAAAUGAGGGUCCACCACCCAGAACGAACAAGCAAAAGUAUGCCCGCGAUAAGUCGACGUUGAUGGAAGUGUUCCAAGAUCUUCCCUUGCUACACAAUCAUCCGGGAGCGGUUGAGGAUCAGUUUGUCAUCGCCUUCGAGGCAGCGCGGAAAUCCUAUGCAAGGGAGAAUACGAACAAGCAACCACCAAUCUGGUCGUGCUUUGCAUUCCAUAUAUAUCUCGACAUCAUUUACUCUACCGAGGUUGGUGCGGGCUGGACGCAGAUGCGCAACGAGUUUACUACGCUCCAGAAAUACGUUGAGACAUACCCUAGAGCUUCUUCCGACAUGAAGGAAUUGGUAAAAUCGGUCGAUAAGAUCAUGGAGGUCGAUCCCAUCGCGAUCAUCCGAUCGGCGUUUACUUUUCCCUACAAGGACUAUACCGUAUGGCGUCGCAACCCCACACAUUGUGGUCUUUGGAUUCACUAUGCGCGAAACGUCUUCCAUAGAGAAGCUGUCAAGUACGCCGCAACACCCGGGGCGGUCAUGUGCGUAACGCAAUUAUACCAUGCCCUGCGCCAGACUGAGCUUCUUUCGGAAGAGUGGAAGGAUCUUCAGACGCUGUGGGACAUGCAGGGAAAUUCGGCUUACUUCAUUGGCGAACCCCCUAAAGACUUUGAGGGACAUUGGAAGAACUUUCUCAUGGCUAUUGGUGCUUCAGCAACUAACUGGGCAAGCUCAAAGAGGAAUACGAAGGUCAAGGAGACCAAAGCAAACGCACGUUUGUUGAAGUUCAAGGGUCCAGUAUCGGCCUGGAUGGCUUCGCGUAUUUCAACAAAUGGCGACGAACGACUCAUCACAGCUGAAACAAUUGAAGACGAGAUCAAAGAAGGCGCACGCCAUCAUUCCUCCCUCGCCGCCGUCAUGCCGGCCAUUCAAAGGCAAACCCACGUCAUACAAAAAUUGGCCACUGCUCUCCACGCCGAGGCUCCAGAAAUCACGUUCGAUUACUUCACCAUGCAUGACCUUUGCUGGGAGUUGAUGGAAAGGAUGAAGGAGCAGUUCAGUCCUAUCAUUGCUGCCAAAUCUGGGAAGCAGUGGGAAGCACAUAAGAGCAACCUGCCGUUUGUUGUUGGCUUCGUCUUCUCUACGGCAGCGGGUAAAAAAGAUAUCGAGACGGACGGUGUGCCUUCGGUAGAGCUGUUAAAGAUCGCUGUGCAAGUUACGGGGAAGUUCUUGGAGGAAGGUAAAGGUAAUGUGAUUACCAAAUCAGGACGCCUGGAAGGUCAGUUCGAGUCAGCUGGGACAGAAGAAGUGGAAAUGUGGAAAGCCAAAAAGAAAGACUGGAAGAUGCACAAGAUGCUUUGCAAGUCCUUCGCAGAUCUCGAGCCCCGACCUGGUCCAUGCUUCUUUCGCGGUCUCCUCUUCCCCGAAGAUGAGCCCUUGCCAAGAUUUGUCUGGGUUGAAUACGGCAGCGUUGAGGUUUCCGCAACCAUCUCCUGCGAGCCCUUCUUCGGCAAGAACAUACUCGGUUGGGUGAUUCAGGAACAGCCUUAUCUCAAGCGCAUACCCCCGCACCGCCUCGGUAUCUACUACAACGACAACUACAUUGGUCAAGGCUUGCCCGCGACCCCGAGUUUGACUAAGUGGCUGGGACCAGCUAUAGGCGAAUACUUUCGUGGACCCUGGCUCGCACACGCCUACGAGAACGGCGUUAUGUUUGACGAGGAGUGGGAGUCCGAGAUGGCUCGGGAGCGCUUCCCCGCACUUCAGCAAGAUCAGGUCUUCCUUGACAACGCCGGUGGCAGUCAGGCACUGGGCGACGCGAUUGACUCAAUAGUACAAUACCUGUCCAAGACCAAUGUUCAGCUUGGCGCUUCAUACCACACCGGCACGCAGUCGAACACGAAGUACGAGGAGGGCUAUCAAGCAGCCGCAAAGUACAUGAAUGCUGGCCGCGAUGAGAUCGUUCUCGGUGCUUCAACAACACAACUCUUCAUGAACCUCGGCUCAUCCCUGCAAUUCCCUGCGGGUUCAGAAAUCAUCCUCUCAAAGAUGGAGCACGAGACUAAUGCGAAGCCCUGGCUUUUCAUGGCUGAGCGUCUUGGGUUGACUGUGAAGUGGUGGGCGUCUCCAAAGGAGGAUGGACUCAAACUCACAGCCGAGAACCUCAAGCCGCUGUUGAGCGACAAAGUGAAGUUCGUAGCAUGCACGCACGUGAGCAACAUUCUGGGGACGAUCCAUGAUGUGAAGUCUAUUGCAGAGGCGGUGCAUUCGGUUGGCGCGCUGUUCUGCGUGGAUGGAGUUAGCUACGCGCCGCAUCGUGCGAUUGAUGUUAAGGAUUUUGGAGUCGAUUUCUACGCAUUCAGUUGGUACAAGGUCUACGGCCCACAUAUCGCGGCCCUCUACGCCAGCAACUCAGCCCAACAGCACAUGAAGCCCCUAUCUCACUUCUUCAACCCUACCAAAACUCUUGAAGACAAGAUCGGGUUCGCUGGCUCGAACUACGAAUGCGUACAGUCUAUUCCAACGGUCACCGCCUACCUCACCGACGCUUUCCCCGCCAUCACUGAGCAUGAGGGAAAGCUGCAGGCUAUUCUUCUCGACUUCCUGAACUCACGACCAGAUGUCACGGUCCUGGGUUCUACCUCGAGCGAUAGCAAGGAAAGAGUACCAACGAUCUCGUUCACGGUCAAGGGCAUGAGCAGCAAGGCGAUCGUGGCUGAGGCGGAGAAGAUUAGUAACUACGGGUUUAGAUGGGGACAUUUCUACUCAAAGAGGCUUUGCGAUGAGUUAUUGAAGCUGGAGCCAGAGGGUGUGACAAGAGUCAGUAUGGUACAUUAUAACACCGAGGAGGAGAUCAAGGGAUUGGUCGAGGUGUUGAAGAAGGUUCUUCCGCAGGCUUAG